UCCGUGACGUUACCACUAACAUCGUCUAUUCCGUAUCUGCUCGACUCUACUCAGCUCGGCCGGCCCCCAUGCUGUUUAAGUGAUUACUUUUCAUCUGCUUUUCAUCUCUGAUUUUCAAAGCGUUUGCAAGAGUCAUGGAACUUCCAGAAGAUAGAAAAUGGAAGAGGAGAAAGGAGAAAGCUUCAACCUCUGGCAAUUUACCAAACUUAUACAACGCCUGCAAAGAGUUAGGUGAGGUUUAUCAACGAGAAGAAAGAUUCGAAGAGGCUCUCCAAGAAUAUCGAGCAGCUGAAAAAAUUGCAAGAUCCAUUGGCAAUAAAAUAGAUAUUGGGGUAGCGAACAGAAUGAUCGGAGAGGUUUUAUGUUGUUUAGGUGAAUUUGACCAAGCCAUCGAACAUCAGAAAAAGCAUCUGGAUCUGUCUAAGGAAGAAAAAAAUCUUGUCGAGGAACAAAGAGCACUCGCAACUUUGGGUAGAACUUACUUCGUGAAAGCAGAAAGCUACGCAGAUGUUGAUUCUGAUGAGCGCAGUAGUGCUCUCUACUAUUCUCAACAAUACUACCAAGAAAGCCUCACCAUCUGUGAUAAAUUAGAAAACUCUAUUGGACACAUGCAAGUAAUGAUAAUGAAGGCACGUCUGUACAUUAAUUUAGGACUGACUUUAGAAUCGGAGCAAUCGGAGAAAAAUUCAAACGAAGCUAUUAAACUCUAUGAGAAGGUUCUUGUUGACAUUCAUGAUUUAGUUGGUGCAAAGCAGGUUUUGUUGAAGGCUUAUAAGUUGAAGAAUCCAUAUCCGAAGGAUCGAGAAGAAAUCGCAAGAAAAGCUAAAAUAGUUGUUGCAAUGUGUGAUGCUGAAGACAAACUUAUCUCCACGUCUGUUGAUGACUUCAAAGUUAGAAAAGAAUUGCAUGAAAAAAUUGCUGAUGGAUUUGUUGCCCUAACCAACUAUUCAAAGGCGAUUGACCACUAUAAAAAAAUGCUACAGUGUGCAGAAAGUCUAGGUCAGACCGGCAAGGACCUAAUACCAUGCUACGUAUCUCUGUCUCAAACUUACAAAGAUAAUAAACAAUAUGAUCUUGCCUACAAAUAUUUUGAAAAAGAGCUUCUUAUUAAUUUGGAUAAUGCCUUAGAAGUUUGUAAAACACUGAUGAACAUGGCUGCAGUUCUUGAACUCCAAAAAAAAUCCAUGGAUGAGGUUUUAUUAGUGUAUCAUCAAGCACUUGAUGAAGCCAGGAAAGCUAAUAAUUUAAAUUUAGAGGUCAACAUAUUGAAAGCCAUCAUUGCCAUACAUCAGGAGCAUGGAUAUGAUUUCUUAAAUGAUGAGACCAAACGAGAGUUGGAAAAUGCAAGACGGAAGUUGGCUGCAGAAAAUCUCAAUGAAGACCAUGAAGAAGAAGAAAGUCAAGAAGAGACUGAAGAAGCCAUCGAGAUCGGUGCUGAUAUUUGUUUAAGCGAUCUAACAGAUUCUGAAGACAAUGAGGAAUUCGAUCAUGCAGUGCGGCCUGUUCGGAAGCGAAAUUCACGCUCCUCUAACUUGAUGAAGAGGAACGAAAAAGGUGAAACUCCACUGCACGUAGCUUGUGAGAGAGGCAAUCUUGCUCUUGUUAAAAACCUCAUCAAACAGGGUCAUCUCUUGGACGUCCAAGAUGCUGCCGGAUGGCUGCCUUUGCACGAGGCUUGCAAUCAUGGACACGUCAAAGUUGUAGAAGAAUUAAUCAACGCAGGGGCCAAUAUUAAUGAUCGAGGUGGACCUGGCUGUGAAGGCAUAACACCAUUGCACGAUGCUGCCUCCUCUGGCCACCUUGAUGUCAUUGAGUUGUUACUAGAUCACGGUGCAUCCCCUCUCGUUAGAACAAAUAAAGGAGAAACUGUUUUGGACUGUCUGCUAGAAUGCCGCAAGCGUGUAGUUGUAGAAUCAGGCCACGAGUUGGACCCUAUUUCUCUUGCACAUUUUGAAUCAGUUGUUGAGAGACUAAAAUUGUGUCUGGAAAAAGUUGGCGAAAAUGUGCAAAAAAUCUCAAAGUCGGCGAAAAAAGAGGAAGAAAUAACAAAAUCCAGGAAGGAUGUCUUUCAAUUCAGGUCGAAGGAGAUGAAGAAAACAGCUGCAGCAACUAAUGAUGAUGAAACAGUAGCUUUUGAGUAUCAAGAGACCAUGAAGGCGUUACGAAGGCCAUUUCCCCAACAGCGAAAAGAACCUAUUGAGAAUUUUAAGUCAGAUGCUGCUGCAGCAUUCCUAGGUACUGAAGAAGUUGGGAAUGACUGGUUAGAAGAUGAUAUGGUGGAUGUUUUGCAGCCACCUAAAAAACGAAGUAAUGAUCUUAUCGGAAACUACAGUUACCAAAAAUCCUCUUCAAUUAGAAAUCAAAAGAACGUGGAUAUUGAUUCCAGAAGGUCUAUUGACUACAGACAUCCAAAAAAGCGCAAAAGAAGUAUGAGUUGUAGCUCCACUGAUAGCAUCACAAAUGGUCACUGUCACAGCACUGAAAGAGGUGACGCGUUUUUGUCCUCAAAAAGUCCUGUUGCGAAUUCAUCAAACAGAUUUGGGGAAAGACCAUUCUUGAUUGAGGAUAACAGUCCUGAUUUCCAUCUCUCAGACUCGGAGUCUCCUCCUGGAAGCCCUGAACUUAUUUCUCGAUCCUGCAACAAAAUUUUACAGCAAGAAACUUUGACCGCAUUGAACUCUCCUGAAGUGAAUACCAACCUUGAUAACAUGAAAAGUGCCGGUAUAGUUUGCACUGGUCCUGAGAAAGAUUCCUGUUUCAAUCCACUUCAGCAUCAAUGCAUGAUAUUUGAAGGCUCAAGUGCAGAACAACAACUCAGGCACCGACCUGAGUCAUCAGUAUAUGAACCACAGCGUGAGCUUGCUCUAGAGAAGGAAUCAUCAGCGAAACAGCUCAUUAAAGUUCGAAUUAAAGAAGAAUUAUUUGAGAUUACAGUACCUCACGAGAUUGGAGUAGAAAAAAAGGAGCACUUGUUGACAGUAUCAUGGUUGCUGCAAGAACUCAGAAGCAUUUUUAUCUGUGAAGAAGGCAGAGCUCCAAUUAUAACGUUGAAAACUCAAGAUACCAUUCCUCUAUCCAUUGACGAUCCGAUUACUUUCCUCUCUGAAAAUUCUGAAUUGCUGGGAGAGGUUAGCUCAUGGGUCCAAGUUCCUUUGCUUGAACAGUACCAUGAAAUUUGCUCACUUAAAGGCCUUGAUAUUGAUCCUACACUGAUCGCUGAAAUCCUCUCACUGUGCCAAACCACUGCUACCCUGGAAAUAAAAAAUGAAAAACUGAGUCGAAUACACUUAGACGUUAUCUUAACAAUCGUUGCUCGGCAUCCUCUAAAGUCUUUGAUGUUAAGCGAGCCGCUAGAUCAAAACAUGUUUGAGAUGAUAGCAGAAUGUUUGUCCAUAUCAAAAGAUUUAACGGUGUUGAAUUUGAAGAAUACAGGUUUGUCAACAGAGGAACUUUUGGUCCUAUCAAAUGUACCAGAAAAUGUGUGGCAGAAUUUGCAGUACCUAAACCUAAGUCACAAUCCCUUACGGGAUGAAAGUUUUAUUCCCUUAAGCAACAUUGCCAAGUCAGCACCUAACUUGAGAUACUUAAAUAUAGAAAACUGUGACUUCACUUCAAAGUGUGUUAAUACAGUCUCAGAAUUAUUUCUCGAGAAUUUGGAAGAAUUAAAUGUUAGUUACAAUGAGCUGCAGGCAGAGGGUCUUCUUGCAUUUUUAAGAUGUCUGGAGCCCACAAAAUUAAAGUCGUUACGACUUGGUGCAACAGGUUCAAACACAGUGCUACGAGAAUUAGCCCUCUUUCUUGAUGGCAGAAACCUAGAAAAGUUGCAAACCAUUGAUUUGUCUCUCCUAAGUUUAUCAGACUGUGACAUUGAAAUAUUUUGCAACUCUGUUAAAGGAGGUGUCAACCUUGAGUACCUGAAUUUGAUGGACAACCCUGAGCUUACACAGAAAUCUUUUUCUCUUGUUGUAAGACAAUUCCAGCGACUGAAAACGUUGCUUCUCUCAGGAGCUGACUUUGGCUCCAUUGAUCAAAAUGAUUUGCGAAAAUUUUCAUAUUGUAACCUCUCAUCUUCAUUCUUGCAAUGUCAUGCAUUUAUGAAAGGAAUGGAUGCUUUCACUCGUACCAGGAAAAAAACAAAACUGGAGAAAAUUGAAAAGAAUGGUACAAAUUAUUCAGAGCUAUGUUCUGGUCUUGUUAUUAAUUUACCUCACCUCUCAAGUGCGGAAGGAGAGCCCAUUUUUUCAAAUCAAGGAAAAGUGGAAAGUGAAAUAAAUAGGCCAUCAGAAACUCUUCAAGGUGAUGUAGCUAAUGAAUUAGAUGAUUCUUUUAGUUUUGAUCUUAAUGACAGCUUUGAGAAUCAAUUUCUUUCUAAUAAUUUAAAAAAGAGUUCUGGUUCUACACAAGACAAUAAUCUAACACAUAUCAUGGCCAGUGAUUCCAGCAAAAAAGGGAAAACCCUGGCAGAGAAUAAUGCUGAACCACCAAGGAGUAAUUGGGAUCAUAAUUUUGAAACCAGUUUGGUUGACUGUUCAAGCAAAAAUGCCUUAUUUGAAGAUUCAGACUAGUCUAUCUAGUGCAGCCAAAAUCUUUACAUACAGUUGAAAGAGAAUGUCCUUUCUCCCAUUAGAUUUUGUUCUUUGUGAGGCACGAUUAUCUUUCCAAAGAUGAUGCAGAAGUACGUGAGAAUUUCAAAUAUAGCAUACGGCUUGAUGUAGGUUCCUCCUGGGAGGGGAGUUAAAUGCAAAACUUUUGAACAGAUCAUUAGAUUGAAACGGUUGUUUUUAAGUUAAUAAUUCCAAUAAGAGCGAUCUGCAAAUAAAAUAGAAAAAUGAAAAACCUUACUCAAUGCCUACGCAAAGCGAUUUUUCAAUUUUUUUUUAAAAGGGGAGACCUGUGCAAUUCUACUAACUCAAUACGUGUUCUUUCACAGGUUUCUCUUAACCUACAGUCGUUUAAGGGAUUAGGUAUCGAAGUUGAACUUCAUUCUUAACCCAGUUGAAUAUUCUUUUAAUCUCUUUCUUGCAAUUAUCAGGACGAAGUACCUAUUUGCAACAAUUUGAUGUUGCUGUAAGUGUAUUUUGUGAGAAUAGGCUGCUUUCAUAACAGGAAGAGUCUUGCAAAUUUCAUUCUUUUUGAAACUUCUGUAUCCUUAAGGAGACAAUGGGUAAUAAACAAUUUUCUUGCAGCUUGCAUUCCUCGCAAGAGAGGAGCAAGAAAAUGAAAUUAGAAUGUUACUUAAUACCAACUAUUUUUGUCAGCAAUACGCAACAGAAAGUAGGUUUUUACUAAAAAAAAAAAUCCUGAUCAUUAAUCAAAGUCACCGAUACAAUACGAGUAGAAGAUGUAAAUGAAGUUGGAAUGAAAUUCUUGGUGCUCAUUAUGGUUUUCCAAUUUUUAUGUCCGUUAACAUCGGCUUUUAUGUGUCUCUGAGAGAUUCUGAAAUGCAUUCUCCUCACCCAAAAACUGCUGAGGUUGUCUCUGAAAGUCAGCCAUAACCUCCUUGGUGAAAUUGAUUAUUACCACAAAAAAAUACCGUCACAUUACUGUCGUGAAUGUAUCAAAUAAAAUUCAUCCUUCAAUUGAAAAUUUAAUGAAAAGGAACUACAGCAAAAGGGAAGAAAAAUUAUGUGAAUUGGAUUUGUAGGUACUUCAUUUUGAAUUCUCUCAUGGACUGGAAAAUAAAGUAAAUUGCACUAAUCUGAACUUCCCCUUUCUUGUAUCCCAUUAAUUUUUCUGUCCAAAGGCUGAUAGUGAUUAACUUGGUUUUAAAAAAAAAAAUGCAUUUGAAAAAUUAAAAUACCGAAUCUUUAAAGCAUUCAACUAUUUUUGAAAAAAUUAAAAAUAGAGUUCCCUGUCUUGCUUUACUGUUUAAAGUUUGAAGUCGGGUAAUAAUUAGCAUUUGAAUUUCCUGAGAUAUUGCAAACAUAAACUGUGGACCUGUGUAACCUUCUUCAAAAAUUGCCCCUUCUGCCCAAUAUGUUCCAAGUUAUUUUUUUGUGUUGUAUCAUCAAAGUUUCAACAAAAUAUGGUCGGAAGUGUUAGGUGAGAGAAUAUUCAAAAGUAAUCGCUUCAUUUACAGUUUUAAUACUGCGCGGAAAAAAAGACAUGUCUCUUUAGUCUCAAAUUACACCUUCAUUAAAAAAUAUCAUGACUCAACUUAAAAAUAACUAAAUAACAAAAUGAAAGAGGGAUACUUCAGUUUCUUGGCAACUGAAAGAACAUCAAGUAUAUAAAAUAAUCAAACUGAAGAUAAUUCUGUAGGGUACUUGAAACAGACAAUACAUAAGUAUUUGUCAAACCUAGAGAAUUGGCUGGGCUAUGAAUUCUGAUUGCUUUCUUUUCCAAUUUUUAUGACUCACUAUUGGCAAUUUAAAUAAUUUAGGACAGGUAACAUUAUCAGAAUUCAGCUAAGCUGGUCACCUGUGAAAGGGUGCAAGCAAUCAUGAACUCUUACUAAAACACUUCUUGACGUAUGGUCUUCCCAAAUAAAAAAAAAAUAAAUAAAUAAAAAAAUAUUGCAUCUACAUUUAAAACUGGGUUCCAUGGAGCAAUCACUUAAACUGGAUCAAAUGGUAAUCACAAGAGUUUAAAUUAUAUACAUGAAUGUGUCGAAUAAUGGAAUCAUUACCUUCUAUAAGCUCUUUAGCCACUUUCAUUUUCAUUUUUUGUCUUAGUUUGUUCCGGCGAACUGGGCCAAAUUCUAUGAUUUUUGCAGCUAUUAAUAGGUGAUUAACACUGAAUAAGCCGGCCCUAUUCAGAUUCUAGGGUCUCCUUUGCAAGGGCUAGCAAAGCGCAAGGUAAGUGAAACAAAGGUAUGCUCUUCCCGGCCAGAACUCGGCUUUCGGCUCCCGCCGCUAGAGCUGUGGCGCGAAGUUUGCAUUUCAACAAUUUUGCAAUCUUGGGCGAAAACAAAUAUAACUGUCUGCUAUUGAUUAAAACAAACAAAUUUAAUACAAGCGAAUUCUUUAAAAAUGAACAUUCAUUUGCUUUUAGUAUUUCGGCUGCUUUUUUCAUUUAUCAACAGCAGGAGGCCAUAUUUGUUUUCGGCCAAGACUGCAAAAUUCUUGAAAUUUAAACUUUGCGUCACAACUCUAGCGGCGGGAACCGAAAGCCGAGUCCUACCCAAAAGGGUCGGGAAUAGCAUACUUUCGUUUCACUUACCUUGAGCGAAGCAGAUCUUAGAGAGCGGGAUUGUGCCCUCUGACAAUUAGGCUGCCUAGCAGCCAGGGGGCUUGCCCCCUCGUAUAUGAACAUGUUCACGAAUAUUCAGAAUUUUUAAAGAUAUUGUAAAACACAAAGUUGGAGAGCCGCCUAGUCUGUGAUCAUUGCCUUAUUAAGUUCACGAAUUCAGUGUCGAAUCAGAGUAUUAAAAGGAGAUACAUCAAUAAUGGGAGAGCAAUAUUAUCAACUUGAUCAGUCUUUGCUUCAACCAGAGAAAUUAUUGUAAUGGCUGUGAUUGGAUGAAAUAUACAUGUAUAUGUUAAAACAUUAAAGUAAACUAGCGUUACUAAGAAUAGGGUUUGAGAUAGUAUGCAAGCCACUGUUCCUUCCUUGGUUUUUCUAGUACCUGAAAUCAGAAAAAUUAAUUUUUAAACUUUAUACUUUGCGUCAAGACAUAUUAUUUGUUCUCAGUUCUAAAGAUGAAACUACCUAAAAAGCAAUGCUAUCUUUCCCUUUAUCUAUUUUUUUUACCUCUCAAAAUUUAUUCAUCCCUCUGCACUUGUCAAUGAUGAUGAGUUAGCAUUUGUAAAAAAAUGUUUGACUUGCAAAGUCCCCCGAUUACUUGCAAAUAGCACGAAGUUAUUUUUGAACUCAUUUGUAAAGUGUAUUUUAUUUUAAGAACCUAUUUAUUGUAAAUUUUACAAAAUAGAAAUAAACUUAUCCAUCCUUCAGCUUAA